AUUACAUGACUAAAUGAUGACUUGACGGCCAAAGUCGUUGUAAUUGAGCUGUAUUUGACUAACGAUUGAACAAUCGAGAUUAUCUGGUUAGCCGAAGCGAACAAAACGUGUUAUAUACCGAAGACCUACACAAAGUUUCAGCACUCGUCUCUUUCCGUGAACAAUGCGGUCAUAUCAUUACUAGUGGUGGAUCAUGUCUGAGCAGUUCGAGGAAGAUCUUUUCGAACAAACAGGGCAGUACGAACCUCUUACGACUCGUCUGCGUAAUAUACUCCGUGAAUACAAAGAUGGCGUCGGUAUUUUCAAAGAAUUGAUUCAAAAUGCAGACGAUGCUGGAGCUACUAAAGUCAAGUUUUUGGUGGACUGGAGACACGGAAGAACGGAGAGUCUUUUUUCCCCUGGCAUGGCCGAAUGCCAAGGACCAGCAUUGUGGGCUUACAACGAUGCUGUGUUCACUGACGAUGAUUUUGAAAACAUCAACAAGCUUGCAGGAGAAACGAAAGUUGAAGAUAUUUCAAAGAUUGGUCGGUUUGGUCUUGGUUUCAACGCCGUCUAUCACCUCACAGACGUCCCAAGUUUCAUCAGCCAAGAGCUCUUGGUGGUCUUUGAUCCGAACACUCACCAUUUACAAGAACGUCACAUUAAGGACAGAUCCCGUCCUGGAAUUCGCAUCAAUCUUGCCAAGCAACCACAGUCGCUAACACGUUACCAGGAUCAGUUUCAACCAUACAAUGGCGUCUUUGGUUGCAACACAACGGAAACACGUGAAGCAUUCCACUAUAAUGGAACAUUAUUCCGAUUUCCUUUCCGCACGGCCGCCCAAGCAAGAACCAGCGAUAUUAUCAAAUCCCCAUAUGGUCGAGACAAGAUUCAAGCCAUUGUUCGCAGUAUUUGUGAAUGCGCUUCGAAUCUUUUAAUCUUCUCCCAACAUGUGAAAGAAGUAGACGUCUUUGAAUUGGAUAAAUCAAGUCAACCAGACGAAAUGCGUUUGGUGCUGUCUGUGAAGAAACCAAGCGUUCAAGUCUUCCGGCAAGAGGUGACGAACAGCACAGAACCGUUUAUAAAGCAGUGUUCCAAAUGGUGGAAACAAAACCGUGAUUCUGAAAACAUUUGCAAGGAAUUCCCAUCCAGGUGUGAGCUUGUUAACAUUGAGACCAGAAAGGAAGAGUCAGAAUUGAGUGGAUGUGACGGUCGAUACAGAAGUGACGAAACUUGGUUGGUAGUUUCAGCAAGUGGGACUGACGCUUCUCUCAAAAUUGCUCGCUCACCAGAAGGUCGUGCUCGUGGCUUCUUGCCCUGUGGUGGGGCAGCGUUUGUCGUUCAGAAAAAAGCCUCCAAACAGAAUUCCAACUCUGAUCUUUCUGGGGAACUUUUCUGUUUUCUUCCUUUGUCUAUUUCCACUGGGCUUCCUGUCCAUGUCAACGGGUAUUUUGCAAUCAUGUCUAAUCGCGUUGAAAUUUGGAAACGAUCGACUACAGGAAACCAACCAGUCGAGGUGAAUUGGAACGAAGCGCUGAUGGAGGACGCAUUAGCCAGAGCUUAUGUCAUGCUUCUUGAAAACUUGAAAGAUUUGAUCGGUAAGAUAAAGGAUUACAAAUUUUACAGUCUGUGGCCAAGCAGUGACACCGUUGAUAUGAAAUCUUGGGAGAAGCUAGUUCAGAAAAUCUGCAGUGUCUUGUUCGAUCGAAAAACCAAGUUAUUUUACAGCGAUGAAAAAUGGAUGAGUAUAAACGACGGUUUCUUACUAAACGAUGAUUUUGCCUAUAUUAACGAGACAGCAGUGAAAGUAUUGCGAACGGUGGGAAUACAUGUUUUUAAUCUUCCCAAUAACAUUUUACAAACCUUGACGAAGUUUGAUGGAUGGCGGCAGAUCCUUCAUAGACGCACUUUGACAUUUCCAAAAUUUAUGGAACGGUAUUUUUUCCCGAACAUCAAAAUCCUCUCCCCGUUUCAGCGAGAUGCUAUUGUUUGCUUCGGUUUAGAUCGUAUUUUCAAAGAAUCUUCUCUUUCAGCAACUGAAGAAAGUGAUCUCUUCAAAGAAAAUCCUUGUAUCGCCGUCUCGCACGAUGAGAAGAUCUUAGCAAAACCUUGUGAACUUGUAAACCCGUUCGGUCCAGCAGCUGAGUUGUUUUCUGACCAAGAUCACCGCUUUCCUGUUGGUAAUAUUCUGUGUGAUGCAAACAGAUUGCAUGUCCUAGAAAAGCUUGGUAUGGUCAAUGACCUUGACUGGAAUGAAAUCUGUGAUAGAGCUCAGUCGAUCGCAAAUUGUAGCCGAGCAAAAUCCGAGCGUUCACGAAAAUUGAUCGAAUAUCUUAACAAGCGAGCAGAUCAACUACCAAACUCCGAACACCAUUCCAUUCGUCUUCAGGGGGUAAAGUUCUUGCCAGUGUUAAAAAACCCCUUAAGUGAGUACCGUUUAUCAUGGGAAGGAACAAAGAUUCAUGUUGGCCGUUUUUGCGCACCAAAAAACGGUUUUCUGCCAAGAGAAGCAAGUAUUUGCGGUUCAGGAUGCUUAAUCGUAGACACGUCCGACAAAACCGGUUGCGGACAGCUCCAUGAGAAAGUAGAAAUAAUUUUAGGAUUCGCAAGUCGUUUGCCUGAAGACAGGUUAGUUAUUAAACAGUUAGACGAAGCCAUCGAAUAUUGGGGCAAGCUGUCUGCAGAAAAAAAAGGAAACAUGGGAGAAAGGUUCGCGAUGGAGUCGAUCUGUCAGGAUAUUUACAAAUUUUUUGAUAAAAGAGCGCAUGAGACCACAGGAGAUCAAAGUUUUUUGAACGACCUCGACGAGAGAGAAUGGUUAUUUCUUCAAGGAACAUUUGUGCGAAGCAGAAAGGUGGCUUAUACGUGCAGCGGAAACGGUGCUCCAUUUCUCUUUACCCUCCCAUCCCUCUACAUAAGAGACUACCGAAAUCUUUUUCACGCGAUGCAAAUCAAAAACAGCUUUGAAGUUGAAGACUACAUCAAUGCUCUUUAUGAUCAAAAAAGCGCGAAGAAAGAAGAUUCCCUCACAGAAGAUGAAUUAAAUACGGCAAUAUUUUUCAUCAAUCAAAUAAAUGUUGAAAAUCCCGCCGCAAAGAAUCACAUUGGCAAGAUCCCAAUACCUGACACCGACAGUAUUUUACGUCCAAGUCAAAAUGUCGUAGUAAAUUUAAGUUUAUGGCUCAAAGAUCCAGAUGAUAAUCUGAAAGUCCACGAGAAAAUACCACCGCAAAUAGCACAAGCACUCGGAGCGAAGCCGUUAAAGAAUCUCAUAUUGGAGAAAUUUUCGCGUCGUAUUGGCUAUGGAGAAGCGUUUGGACAACACGAGGAAUUAACUGACCGACUAAAAGGAAUUCUGGAAGGAUAUCCUGUUGACGGAAUACUCAAGGAACUAGUACAAAAUGCCGACGAUGCUCAAGCCUCGGAAAUACACUUCAUACACGAUACCCGAUUUCUGCGAUGUAAAAAAGUUGCGACAGAAGACGGAACAACCCCAGAAAUACAGGGACCAGCACUUUGCGUGUACAACGAUAGACCAUUCUCGAAGACAGACCUCGAAGGAAUUAAGAAUCUUGGUAUUGGAAGUAAACGAGGUAGCCCGGAAAUGACAGGCAGAUAUGGGAUUGGAUUCAACUCCGUUUAUAACCUCACGGAUUGUCCAAGUUUUUUGUCAAAUGAUGACACCCUAGUUAUUCUUGAUCCAUGUCGCCGUUACGUUCUUGAUGAAGAUCCUGGCAAACUGUUUACGCUUAACACCGACCAACGCAAGGAUUUCUCAGACACAAUUAAGGGAUAUCUUGGUGACCAUUUCGACCUUAAGGGCUCGACAAUGUUCCGUUUUCCGCUUAGACGAAAACAGAAUGAAUCUAAAAUAUCCAAAUUUUGCCCUGAUCUGAAGAAACUUAUAUAUUCUUUCAAAAGAGAAGCCCGAAUAUCACUGUUAUUUCUAAAUCAUGUUAGGAAGAUAUCUCUCUCGAAAAUUAAUUCCAAAAACGAAAUUGAAGAGAUAUAUCGCGUCGAGUCCGCACUAUCUCCAGAAGCGGAGGAGAGCUGUCGUGAGUUGGCACGGAAAAUUUUGGACAACAGCGAUACACCUACAGCGGAAAUUGGAUGGGAUGGAGUCAGCUACAAAAUGUCCAUCAAGGAGGGCAACGAAGAAGUCGAGGAAUGGUUGAUACAGAAGGGUAUUGGAUCAAUUACUUCAACCUCGACUGCAAAUAGAAUGAGUCCAAUUCCGGAUGGUCGCAAACUUGGUCUUCUUCCACGAGGUGGCGUGGCAGCUCGACUGUGGACGCGUUCAUCGUCCUCCAAGAAGCACUCUGCGUUUCGUGGCUUGGUGUUUUGUUUCCUGCCUCUUCCGGAGAAGUGCACUGGCCUACCAGUUCACAUCAAUGGUCAUUUUACCGUAGAUGGAGCCCGUCGACGACUGUGGACCGACACAGAUGGCGAGGAAGAAAAGUCAAAGUGGAACCGAUUCAUGCUUAGCUGUGUAUUACCACCUACCUACGCGGCAUUGAUCAUGGAAGCUCGCAGCCACUUCUGCAAUGACGAGGAUGACGAUAAACUUUCGCUUUACCACGGUUUGUUUCCGAAUGUCUCGAGUACUUCCUCCUGGAAAACCCUCAGCACUGAAUUGUAUCGUUAUCUUGGACGCACAAGAGCCAAGGUUUUGCCGUUGCUUGUCCCAACUGAGUCUGAAAAAAACGAUGCGGCCUUUUUUCUUGGUGAAGAGAUGUCGGAGAAAGCUGACUCUUCCGAAUCAUGCACCUCCAAAAAUUUUUCGCGAGCAGGAUGGCUCUCAGCUUACGAAGGAUACUUCGCAACGUCUGAAUUAGAGGAGAACUUUUCGCACCUGUUAAUACGAAUCGGGCUGCCUGUUUUGUUGCACGCUCCAUACCGAAUAUACCAUGGUUUUAGAUCAGCUCGUAUUACUUCGAAUUACGUUAGUCCUUGCAGCGUCAUUCUUUUCUUGAAAGAGUUCAAAUCGAAAGUUUCCAAUUGCGCGAUUGGCAACCUUCCAAAAAGGCUAGAAGCCACCGUGGUCAAGAGUAUUCCAGAAUUGUCUGCGCUGAUAGGAUACUGCUCUGAUGAAGACGAUUUUGGUAAAAAAUUAUCUGGCUUGCCCUUGCUUCUUACGCAAGAUGGCUGCCUACGAGUUUAUCAACCGAGUCAGCCCGUAUUUCGUUCUACAUUCGGAGAUCUUUUUCCAACGCAGAUGCAGUUGUUCCUUCAUUCAGAAAUUGUCCAUCAUAUCCCUCGGAGCGCUACACAAUCAAAAAAACGUGUUGUCCGCAAUUUUACAGUUUACGAUCUCGCUGAAUUACUGCCGCAUGUGUUCACGAAAUCCGUGUUGAAAGCUAUCAACGAUGAAGAGACAUGGAAACUUCCAACCGAGGGGAUUCUAUCUGAGCAGUGGUUAGAACGUUUUUGGGGUUUCUUGGAGGAUUAUGUAAAACACGAAUUUGUUAAAAAUCGGUGGAUGUUAAAUUGUCUUCUCAAAUGGCCAGUUAUCCCAACAACUUGUGGUAGACUUGUGGCAAUUAAAGAUGGAAAAUCUGUUUUGGAUAUGACCAUUGCCGGAAACGAGUCUCCAGAUCAGCGGAAAGCCCGUGAAUUCUUGCUGAAAUUAAACUGUCCAGUAUUAAACAAGAAAAUCACUUUCAAAGACAGCCAACCUAGUGCGGACGCUACUAUUCCUGGAGGCAAAAAUAGCGUAUCAAGCACUGAAAGAGGACAUCUUGAAAGAAAAAGAGCCGUCACUGAUCAUUUUGUAGGCCACCCACAUGAUGCUGCAGAGAUUUUGAUGGUCUUGCAUUAUAUGUUAAGAAAAAACAACCUGGAUCUUUCGAAAGUAGAUGCGGAAAGCAUUCGCGAAUUUCUUCUGUUCCUUCAAAAUAAUUUCAGAGAAACGGGACUAUUAGAAAAGCACAGGCAAAUAAUAAAAGAUCUUCCUAUUCACAAGACAUUUGAGGGACAGUUUGUGAGUUUGGUUGGUCAGUAUUCUUCGCGUGAUUUCAUUUCUUUCGACGUUCCUACACAACAACUAGAUGAACUACAAAUGAGAACUGGUUGCCUUUUCCUAAACUCCGAUGCCUUGCCUGCACUUGAAGACCUUUACAAAGACCUUGGCGUUAUCGUGGAUGAGGACGUCACGCAAUUCUACGUUAAGCAUGUCUUUAAGAAUUUUACCAUGUUUACUCGUGAAAACCAAAUGCAGCAUUUAAGAUUUAUUCACGAUGAGAUCUACCCGAAUUUUCCCCAAGGCGGUUCAACUAAAUCAAGAGAAUUUUUGGAAUGUAUGAAAGGAACUCCCUGCAUACCCGAUGAGCACGGCCAACUUCAUUUUGCACGCGAAUUUUUCAAUCCAAAGAACAAAGUAUUUCAAGCGAUGUUUGAUGACGAGCGGGACAAAUUUCCUCCCUCGCCAUUCGGAAAUGAAGGUUGGCUUCUCCUUCUUGAAGCAAUUGGAUUGCAAGUCGAUAUCACGCCUGCAUUAUUCCUGGAAUUCUGCACAAAGGUUGCAGAAAACGGUGAAUAUUUUCCAAGUAAUGGACAAAAUCGUGUGCAAUCUAAAAGUCUAGUAAAAUGUCUAUUUUCAAAGACAUUAUUACCUGAUAAAAGGUUUCUAUCCAAAAAUUUUCUAACCAAAGUAUCGCAGAUAAAGUUCAUUGCCUCCGAAAAAGUGGAGGAAAAACUGUCUUUAAUACACGAGCAGUACAAGUCCACAAAGAACGGCUAUCCGCCUUUUACACAAUUCAGCAAUGCCGUCUGUUGGUCGUCUAGAUUUUUAAUCUGGACAACAGCUCCAAUCCUUCCAAUUUGGGCACAACCAGACAAAAUUGCAAACCUUCAUAAUACUUGUUCCAAACCUUCAUAUAUCGACGUUCUGGAGCAUCUAAAAAAUGUAGCGGCAGCGUACAGUGCUGAAUUGGUCGAUGCUGAUCACUUGGAUAAAAAGAUUACCAAACCUAUUUACGAAUUUUUAUCGGCGUCCAUAGAAUGCGACACCCGCGGUGAAGUUUACAAGGAAAUUGAAAUUCGUCUGAAGGAUGUUCCCUGUGUUUUUCUAAAAGACCACAAGAUUUUUGUUAAAGCGGAACAGCUGGUGUUUAAACUACACGACAAAUGCGACUUUAAACCGUUCCUCUAUGUCAUACCUCUAGAAUUCGGCGUUUUCGAAGAUCUAUUUAAACGACUGGGCGCAACCGACAGACCAACCACGUUUCAGAUUGCUUACGUUCUGAGAUCAAUUCACGAACAAGUUGGGGACGGCGUGCUAUCGUCCGAUCAAGAAAUGCAAGUCAAGUAUGCAAUGCAUUUACUCUUUGAACGUCUUUACGAAGGCGAGAACCUUCACGGCAUCGAUGAGCUGUAUUUGCCCAGUCAGCGUAAAUGUCUUGUCAAAUCGUCUCAAAUGGUUUGUAUGGUUUCGUCAAGGUAUACAGAUUCUGCUGAAAGACUCCGACGUCCUUUGUUGAUGCGAUUCGAGGCGUGUGGAUUGAAGAAGGCCGCUUGUGAUUAUAUCAAUCAACUUCCUGAUCAAUUACGUCCGAAAAAGUUCAAAGAGCUAGUUCGAGAAGAAGUGGAUCAGGAAUCUCAAAAUGGCAUAUGUCCUAAGGCGAAAGAUGACUCUGUGUGUCACUUUCAACAACGAUAUGAAAAUUUGUUGCAAUCUAAAGAGUUCAACGAAGGCCUUCAACGGUUACUGAUUAAGGGUAGACGUAAUCCACAAAGCUUCGAGCAUAUAAUAAGAAGGCUUAUCACUUGUGUCCAAGUGAAAUGCACAGGAUUUGGUAUGAUAAAGAUCAAUGUCAUACGUCGAGAUACCAAUGAAGUUAUUGAUGAAUUGGAAGACAGUUGUUAUGCAGUACAUCGCGAAGAAUCGUGGAUAUUGUUCAUUCAGCACGAAUUUGAAGACGACUUGGUUUCUAUUGCUUCAUGUAUUGAUGCGAUCCUUGGAGAAUGCAUAAACGAAAAAUUUGGACUGAUUAAAAUGCUGGGAUGUUCAUCACCAAAUGAUAUUUCUGUUAAGUUGAAUGCUCUCGGUAUACCCCAAAUCCAUUCCGACACAGCUGACGAGUUCGAUUCUUUGGAUGACGACCUAUCUUUUCGCGAAAGUCUGUACAAUAGAGAGUGUGGUGUUCCCGCUCGACAUGAAGAGACGAGGGUGUAUCAUGGUGGGGAUUACGGGAUGAAUCUGGGUGUGGGUUCAGGUAAUUAUCAUGAUCAUGACGGAUACGCAGUUGGUUAUCGUGGUGAUCGAUAUCACUCGAGUUAUGGUGUAAUUGGGGGUAAUUCAAGGACUACAGAUAAAGCAGAAGAUGAAAGAUUUUUUUCAAAAGAUCGUAACGAGGCGAGACGUUGGUUACAACAAUCUAUUAAUGACCUGGAUGGUGCUAAAUGGUUACUUCAAUCCGGUGCACCCUUCAAUGCGCAUGCGUGUUUCCAGAGUCAGCAAGUGGUGGAGAAAUGCUUAAAGGCCAUGUUCUUCAACUUCUGUGGCAUUUCCGGUCGCAGUCUUGAAAAUCACAAAGUGCUUGAACUAGGAGAAGAGCUCAAGAAAGAAAUAGGGCUGCCGGACGAGAUGGUCAUGAAGUGGGUGAGAAUAGUUACGGGAUAUUACUUGAAAACCCGCUAUCCAAACUGUCAACCGCCGUAUGUUGUUCCUGCUAAAGCUUUUGACAAAAGGGAGGCAGAAGAAGCUGUUGAAGCGGCCUCAAAAAUGCUUCAUUAUGUUGAAAAACGUUUGGGAGAAACAUUGGAAGGGUCUGUGUUACACUGUGAUUCAUGAAAUACAUGUUUUAUGUAAAAUCUUA